AUGAGCGACGACUACAGCGACGAGUCUGGAGUGGUAGUAUCGUUGGAGGACAUUGUUGCCGGAGCCCUUGCCCGCCAAGACGCCGCCUUUGCUGCCGAGCGUGCCCAGUGGGAGACGGCGCUCACCACGGCGCUCGGCCGCAACCUCCCGCACACCACCUCGGGCGAGCCCGACUGGGCUGCUCUCGCCUAUCUCAUCCCCGCACCACACCCCUUUCCCUCUCCACACACCACACCUCUCGCCACACAUCCCGAUCCCUCGCCGCAUCCCGAUCCCUCGCCGCAUCCCGAUCCCUCGCCGCAUCCCGAUCCCUCGCCGCAUCCCGAUCCCUCGCCGCAUCCCGAUCCCUCGCUGCAUCCCGAUCCCUCGCUGCAUCCCGAUCCCUCGCCGCAUCCCGCCCGCCCUCGCCCCGCACGCAGCGCCGCCACGAAAGAGAGCUACAAGCUGAGCUCCAUCGUCAAGGCGGCGGCUCAGGCGGCGGCCGACGGGUUCAUCAUCUCUCAGCUCGAGGCUGUGCUCGUCAAGCAGCGGGUCCGGUUCAUGGCCCAGCACGAUGCGCUCGUCUCUGACAUGCUGUGGCUCAAGGCAGGCACUGACGCCGCCGAUGCCAACGCCGGAGAACUGGCGCUGCCCGACGCCCAGCAGAGGGCCCUCGCCGCGCUGCACAACCAGAUCGCCUUUCUUCGCUCGGCCAACGCCGAGCUCGAGGCCCAAUCGAGCUCGCCCAUGCGCAGUGCUUUCCUCAGCCGCACAGCCGCACUCCCCACAGCCUCGCCGUCAUCACCCGCCGCCGUCGCGGCCGCCGCGCUCAAAGCCCAGGCCGAGUGGGCCGACGAGUGGGAGACCGAGCGCGGCCUCUAUCUCGCCCACAUCGACGAGCUCACCGCAGACAACCGCGAUCUGCUUGCCGCCCCCCCACGUUCGCCACACUCUCCGGCCCGAGCGCGCGCCGCCGUCGCCGCCGCUGCCGCCAUCAUCUCGCCGUCGUAUGCUCCGCGGUUCCCGGCACAGACGCCGGACAAGCGGGUCUCGGCUCGCACUGCAGCCCUCGAGCGCAAGGUCGCCAUCCUCCAGCGCUCGCUCGAGGAUGCCCGCGCCGCCGCCGCCCACCAGAUGACCGAUCUCACCGCUGUCUACGAGGACUCGCUCGCCCUCCACAAGACGGCAUCCGCCGCCGCCCUCGAGGCUGCCGACGACGCCGCAGCCGCCCACGAGCGAGAGGCCGCCCUUGAGGUCGAGGGUCUCCUCGCCCACAUCAACACCCUCGAGGAGCAACUCGCCGAGGAGCGCGCACGCUCGCAGCGCUCUGCCGUCGCCGCAGACCCGCCUCCACAGCACUCUGCACACCCUCUGCCCGAUCCGAGCCGCGUCCGCGAGAUGAUGAUGCACCUCCGCGCCCGCGCCCGCGAGAUCCGCCGUCUGCAGAACGCACUCGCCGCAGCACGGAGCGACAAGGACUCGGCGCUUGCCGCCGCUGCCGCCAAGCAUGACCGCAUGCGCGCUGCUGCCGAUGCCGAGGCAGCCGCAUGGGCGGAAGCCCGCCAGGCCCUUCUCGCCGAGCUCGCCCUCGUCCGCGAGCGCGAGGCUCGCCUCAAGCGCGACCUCCGCGCCGCAGAAGACAAGCAUCGUGAGCUCCUCACCUCGCCCGCCCGACUCACUCGCUCGCCCUCUAUCGACAUCCGCGCCACCGUCGAAAAGUUCUCCAAGCAAGCCGAGGAGUGGCGCUCCAAGUACCUCGAGCUGGCCCUCUCCAUCGACCCCGCCGCCCUCUCCAGCCACGCCUCGAUCUCGGCCUCAGCAACAACCGAGUAG